UCCUAAUGGGACUUUCUUAGUUUGUUCACGUCUGUAUGCGUUUAAAUAGAUGUAAAUACAUUAUACAAAUAGAUCUUUGAGAAUUAACUAAAUGUCCUUCAUAUGUGUUAUUAUUUAUUAAUUUUCUAUGGAGGUAAAGAAUUAGAGGAAACACUAAUCCUCUCUACUCGAAAAUUCCACAGGACGGUUUUCGAUAUGUUGUUGCAAAUUUCAAUGAGUAAGCAGGUUUAAUAUUUAAUCUACGAUUUGAGGGUCACUGUGCACUCUGCUGCUCGAGCUGACCUACUUUCGUUCGUGUAAGAAGGUUUGCUCGCGCACGGGGACAUUUCGGCUGAUUUUUAAUUGUCAGUGACUAAAAAACAAAGUCAGAAACGCAAUCUUUUUUAUUCUUGAUUUUAUUUUUAUUCUUAUUUUAGCCUCAAGAAUCGUCCCUCAAAUUUUGUUACACCUGUAGCCGAACACGUUCUAUAUACAAGGUGUCCCUCGUAAUGCGAUUCAUUUUGCAUACGUUCUUACCAUUUGCGGCCAUGUAGCAAGAAAUGUUUUAAACCGUACUUUAAUAGUAUUGAGUGUACUACAGAUAACGAUAAAAGACUUCCGAUUGCCGCAAAUUAGUUUUCGCAUUAUGCGCAACAAUAUCUGGUUGCUAUCCGUCCGGAUUUUUCCGGAUUUGUUCUAGUUUUUAUGAAUAUUGCUCACUCGCUGACCAAACGGUCAGCCUUCAUCGAUCAUCCGUAUUAUCAUGCUAUAUGUGCGUUGCAUGCAGUGAUCUGUCAUGCGUCAGACGCAUCUAUACUAAUAUAUCGGGUAGCAAUGCAUUUGUUUUUUCUAGGAACGAUUUUUAAGUGUUGUGUUCGUAUCAGAUGCAUUAGGUGCAAUCUAAAUGCGAACACACCGCUAUCCGUCUACAAUUUAUAAUUUACAGAAAUUUGUAUCGUGGAUAUCUAACCUAAAAAACAUGUAGCUAGAGUUUUUAGAUUUCAGGCGGAGAAGUCCGGGAUUUUAAUGCUCUUUAUCUCAGAUUACUAAUUUUAUGAAUGGCAAACUUACUUAAUAGUGGCAUCAGUUCGGUCAGCUUUUGAUUGAUUAGUCAUUUUCAAGAUAUGUUAUUAUAACUUCCGUUAGGAUAUUUUAUAUUUUAUUUAAUUAUUUUACGUGGGACACCCUAUAAAUACAGGGUGACUGAAUAUCGCUAUUGCACCGUGGGCUAUUUGACGGCCAACAAUGACGAUUACUAUAGUGGAGACAGUUGUAUUAGUAAUUGUAUUUUGUAUAGUAGUUGCAUUAGUAAUUUGUAUAGGUGUAAUUUAACGUAUAGAUAAAAGUUAUUUUAAACGAUUAAUUGCUUAUUAUUGAUUCUACCGCUACGAUGUAACGAAAUUUGAUACCGCGAUAGUAUGGAUAAUUUUAAUAACGUCGCGAUUUAAACGAUUAUCGUGUUAAUUUAUAAAAAAAACUAGGUGAAAAGAAAAAUUACUGGUACGAGUAAGUCAGUAAGUAUAACGAUUGAUCGAUAAGUUAUCUAUAAUUUGAUAAAGAAGCCGAGCGGAAAUUUGAUGCUUAGCGACCUCAUAAGACCAUGCAGUCUUUGUGAAGAUACUCGAUACUAUAGCUUAUUCUUGCAAAAAUGCAUAUGUCAUUUCAUCUCGGUGCAAAUGAAGUUAUUCUGUUUGAUGAAUGGCACGCGAUAGAUGGACAAGGUAUUGGAUGGUCGAUGGUUGGUAUUAUUCUUUUGACGUCUAUAUAUGAAGGAUUAAAAAGCUAUCGUGAUCAUUUGUUCAUCAAUACAGCACGGUUAUGGAAAAUGAAAGAUAGGACAUCUAGGACGUCAUUCCUGUUUUCGAAAAUACACUUCCUCCAGACAAUUAUCCACGUUAUUCAGUUGAUCAUAGGAUAUUGCCUUAUGCUAAUUUUCAUGACGUACAACAUUUGGCUUUGCCUCGCUGUGGCGUUAGGUGCAGGUCUUGGUUAUUGGCUGUUCGCUUGGGAAAAGUCCAGUGGUGAUAAUAUUGAUUGCUGCUUGUAAAUCUUAUAACAGUAUUUCGAAAUGAUAUAAUUAAUCCCGUAUUAUCGGGCUCUUAAAGCACUCAUAUAGAAUUAAAAUUAUAAUGUAAAUAAUUUGCACAUCAUUUAUGAUCUUGAAUUUAUGAAAAUAGUCCUACAUAUUUAUUUAUAAAGCGUCAAUCUUGUUUCAGAAGCAUUUGAAACAGUACUUUGACAGAAAAUAUUUUUUAGAUGGAAAUAAAUGUAACUUUUUGGUAUAUAAUAGUGUUAUAAUAACACUAAUAUAUAGACAGAAUUAUUAUGUAUGUAUUAUCGUCAAAGAUUUAAAUAUAAAUAGAAAAAACCUAUAAA